GCCUCUGAUGGCCUCCAAGUUGCGCAUACACGAUACCUGUGGCGUACACAAUUUGCAUGGUAUGCCUGCACUCAUUUCGGCCAUUGCAUCCGCCAUUGUUGCUGCCUUGGUGACCAAGGAAAAAUACAAGUCCGAAAUGACUACAAUCUUUCCGGCUAUGGUAACUACAGAGGAAAUUGAAGUUCAACAAACCCAAAACAGUUCAACUAUCAUAUUGGGCGGCUACAAUCGCACAGCUUCUGCACAGGCAGGUUACCAACUUUUCGGUAUUGCCAUGACGGUAAUUGUGGCUAUUGUUGGCGGCAUUUUAACAGGUAUUGUGCUUAAGUACACAAACGUUCGUAAACUAAAUAAGGAAGAGCAUCAUCAGGACGAAGUCUUUUGGGAAGUGCCUGACCAUAAGGAAGAAUAGUAAUGUGAAGAUAAACUACAAAAGUUGCAAAUCUAACGACAAUAAUUUUGCACUGAAAAUUGCCGCAAAUUGGCAUUAUCUGCAUUUUGCACAGAAACUUCAAAACUAUGCUUUAUUUUACUUUGCUAAAUAGUAUAUUUUUAUAUAAUUUCAUAAAAUAACUUUUGUUUUUACAUCACUUAGAUCAUAGAUGAGUAUGCGAUGAGUAUGCGAUGAGUAUUAGACAUUUUUCUAUCAAACAAUUGUAAUCGAAUAUCUAGCAUUAAUAUUUUUUCUUUGCUUUUAUUUUUUUAAUAAACAUAAUUUUUAAAUUCUAAUCAAAACAUCAAUUUAUUUGCAUGUCUGUGUUGCCUUUAUCCUUAUAAAAUUAAAACUUAAAUAAGUUCCAAUUACUUGUCGUCUUCGGCGGUUGAACUCAACAGUUUGCAACAACAUUGGCGCCCAUUGCAACUCCGCCACUGGAAUGCAAUUGUACCAGCAAGUAGUUUAUACAUGGGUCGUGUUUACAAAUGAAAUCAAAGUUAAAUAUUUUGAUAUAAUUUUAGUUACUGUUAGUUAUGUUAAACUAAAGUAAAUACCAAUUAAUUAAAGGAAAAAUAUAUGUUAUUCUACUUAAAUAUUUAUUUAACAUAUAGUAGUUUAUAAAACUGUGCAAGUAAGUUAAGGUAACAUAAAUAAC